UCAUUCCAAGGAUUCCAGAGGAAAACUGUCACCUUUCCAAAAUACCACGCAGGCCUGUUGCUGCUUUGCGUACCCGUCCUAGAUCUUCUCAUUUCCAAUCCCUGCAAGUGGGCUGGAACCUAUUUUGGAUGAGCCAAAAUUAACCCUGGUGGUGUUGGAGAGUUUUAAUUCUCUCUUUCUUUCUCAUUCCCCUCCAUCAAUUUUUUUUUUUUUUAAAAAAAAGCAAAGUUCAGGGAAAGUUUCUCCUUUUCUCUCUCACUCACAGGCACAAAACCAGCCUCUUGGGUGUCUUCUGAAAGUCUUCCUCUUUCCACCCUAGAGCCUGGCAGCUGGGGAGAGGGGGCCAGCCCCUCCAGGGAGAUGGGGGACGCUGGGGAGAAGGGUCUGGAUAACGAUGCGGAAGGGGUCUGGAGCCCCGACAUUGAGCAGAGCUUUCAGGAGGCGCUAGCAAUCUACCCACCCUGCGGGAGGCGCAAGAUAAUUCUUUCUGACGAGGGGAAGAUGUAUGGCCGCAAUGAGCUUAUUGCCCGUUACAUCAAACUGAGGACCGGGAAAACACGGACAAGGAAACAGGUCUCCAGCCACAUCCAGGUGUUGGCACGGCGGAAAACCCGCGAGAUCCAGGCCAAGCUCAAGGACCAGGUAGCAAAGGACAAAGCGCUUCAGACGAUGGCAGCCAUGUCUUCUGCUCAGCUGGUGUCUGCCACAGUCCUCCAGGAGAAACUGGGCCUGUCGGAAUCCCACUACCCACCCAGCACCACCUCCGUAGAGUUCUUCCAGUUCUGGGGAGGGGAUGCCAACCAGCCACGAGCAACUCCAGACGUCAAGCCUAUCCUUCAGGCCCCGUACCCCAUUCCAUCCAUCGCAGCGCCCUCUGCUGUCCCAGGUUACCACGCCGCCCCAGGGAGACUUUCCCGCCUCCCCAACGCUACCUCUUGGCAGGGGAGCCACAUCGGUACAGAAACCCUUCGACUGGUGGAGUUCACUGCUUUUGUGGAGCGGCAGGGGGAACAAGAUGCGUGCCAGCAGCAGCAGCAGCACCGUUUUGUACAUAUUGACCCUACGCCCACCUCUGACGCACCCCUGGAGAUGGUAGACGUCCGCCAAAUCUACGACAAAUUCCCCGAGCGGGGAGGCGGACUGCGCGACCUGUAUGACCAAGGGCCUCCCCACGCCUUCUUCUUGGUCAAGUUCUGGGCUGAUCUGAGUUUUCCCCUCCUCGAAGACGAACCAGGGGGCACAGGAGGGGCCUUCUAUGGGGUGAGCAGCCGAUACGUGGGCCCUCGGGCUCUGACUCUCAGUUGCACCUCCAAGGUCUGCUCGUUUGGCAAACAGGUGGUGGAAAAACUGGAGACAGCUGAGCCUCCCCACUGGGAAGACGGACGCUUUGUCUUCCAGCUGCAACGCUCGCCGCUCUGCGAGUACCUCAUCAAUUUUAUCCGCAAACUGCAAACGCUGCCGGAAAAACCAAUGAUGGAUAGCGUGCUUGAAAAUUUCACCAUCCUGCAGGUUUUGCGGGAUCAAGAAACUCAGGAGUUACUACUAUGCGUGGCCUUUGUGUUUGAAGUGUCUGCCAGUGAGCGGGGGGCACAGCACCACAUCUACCGGCUGGGCCGGGACUGAUGGACAGUUUUUACCUCACCAUCAAUCAUCAUUCUCCAAAACAACCCCCCCCACACACCUUCUCCUGUCCCACCACUCAGCCUGUCUCAACUGCCCUGAAGGUUGUUAAGCCUGCGGUGAUAGGUUUUUCUGUCCCCACUGACAGUGGGCCUACCAACAACUGACUUUACCAAUGGAUAUCCUCCUUCUCUCUCACGGCCCCCAAACCAGGUUCUAGGCCCAACGCUCAACAACCGCUAUUAUGCAGCGGACAAUCUUGUAACCAUGGAUCCCUCUGGGCAGCCCUACUUCUGAAAGGACUCUUCGUUUUGUCAGUCAUCUCUCUCACGGUGGGAACAGUAUUUAACGUCUGCCCUACAGAUGCCAUUACAGACCUGCCCGAAGAACCUCCCCACCUUCCCCCUCACGAUUGUGUCUCUGGGAUUUAACACUCCAUUGUAACAACUCACGGUAUUUCCUAGCACUCCUGUGUUAUACAGUAGCCAGAGUCCAACGUUUCUUAAAGCUACGUCUCACAAAAAACAGAUAAGGCACUAAACCGGUUUCUGAGCUGGGCUAUACCUCUUCAGAUUGAAGGGGCACAUGGUCCUCCAUCCCACCAAAGCUAGUUUUCUACCUGCUGGAUUGUCCAAUUGUGUGUGCUUCCCCCCACCCCACCCCACCCCCCACUGCACUCUGAGGUGAUUUUGUAAACGGUUUACCUCCUCCUCUGCUGUUUUUGAACACUAGGCCCACCAAUGGUAGAGGCAUUCGCCUUUCCAGAGGCAUAUCCUCUCGCAAGCGAUUCAGGCUUCGUCUACACAUGCACCAUUAACGUGUGGUAGGAGGUGGAAUGUAUGAGAAAUUUGCUUCAGUUUGUUUUUGCUCAGGGUGCACCCAAUUCUCACCUCCUGAGCUGUGAAUGCUGUCUGCCGUUGAAAGUCCAUGCAUUUCCGAGCUUGCAAUGUGACUGGCGGACCAAAACCCCAAAAAAGUGUUCGAUAGGAUGCACACGUUUGGGAAAUGUGCAUGGAAAAAUGUGCACAAACACCCUUUAAUCAAGGGGAGAAAAUGCAUGCGUUUCAAGGCUGUGCAUACAUUUGGAAAACUAAGCACAAAUUUUCAUGCAACAAGGAGGAAGGGGAAGUUCUCGAACUAAAGAUUGAACAAGCUUUGAGGUAUGAUUUGGGGAACUCCGAGCUCAAGUUUUGCCUGUACGUAAAUCCCUAGUAGGAGGGUGGA